AUGAGUCAGACUGAGGAAAACAGUAGCCACUUGACAUGGAACAUCGAGAGGUCAGUAGUCUGUGUAAUACUGAGCUUGUCGUUUAUUAUUGGGACCCCUGGAAACUGCGUUGUCAUCUGGACUGUUUGCACAAAAAUGAAGAAAGUAUCUCCUUCAGUCCUGCUGAUCGUGAACCUGGCUGUUGCAGAUAUCCUUGUACUGAUUACUUUGCCAAUCUGGAUUUACUCAUUUGCUGACUCCUGGGUUUUUGGAGUCACUUUCUGCAAAAUACUGGUUUUCAUUAUUUACUGCAGCAUGUAUGCUAGCAUAUUUCUGAUUACAGCACUGAGCUUGGAGAGAUUAAUGGCUGUGUUUUACCCAUUCACAAUUCAAAGAUAUAAAACAAAAGAAAAAGUUUUUGUAAUCAUGUUCCUCAUUUGGUUCCUGUCUAUUACUUUUGGCAUUUCUGUCAUUCCAUUUCAAGAGACAGAAGAAACAAACGGUGGACUACAGUGCACAUGUCGCAACUAUUCUUCUAAUAGACAGAAAGUAUCAUAUCUUUUGCUAGAGACUUUUGCAGGUUUUGUAAUUCCUUUUUUUAUAAUUUGCACUUGUUAUGUAUGCGUUGGAAGAAGAAUAAGCAAAAUGACUUACCAAUCAAAGCAGCGAUCAGAACGGCUAAUUGCCAGUGUGGUUGUAGCAUUCAUUUUAUGUUGGUUCCCACAUCAUCUUUUUAACAUCCUAGAGAUUAUUUCAGUGCAGAUAGAACUCUCUAACAAAGAAAUGUCUUUGGUACUGGAUGAAAUUUUAAACAUAGGAGUGUACAUCUCUGGAGCACUUGUAUUCAUCAGUAGCUGUGUUAACCCUCUACUUUACGCCUUUGCUGCACGAAGAUUUCAGAAUCAUCUAAGAUUUGCCAAAAUAUCGAAGCUGUUUGAACAGAUGAGUCAGACUGUAACAGAGGAAGACAAGAAAAAGAACUCUGUUGUAACAAAACAAGAAGAUGCUGCAAUGAGCACAGAGAAUCUGUAA